AUGAUGGGCUCCAAAGCACGAGCACGGCGGCGUUUUCUCUCGUUGUUCAGUUUCUUUGUUGUCAUUUCCUGCUUACUACAGUACUGCUCAGCAGGCGUCACAAAGAAUAAUAGUUGUAAAAAAGUUGGUUCUGAAGAAUUGAUAGAUGAGGAAGGAUGUGAUUUAUUGAUAAUUCGAAUCAACCGAUGCAGUGGUACUUGUUUCUCAUUUACAUUUCCGAAUCCUUUAACGAAAAAGUAUUCGGUUCAUGCAAAAUGUUGUAGGAUGGUCGAGUGGGAAAUGCUCGAAACGGAACUAAAAUGCUCCGAAGGAACCCGGAAACUUCGAAUACCAUCAGCGACACAGUGCGAAUGCUUCGACUGCCUUCUUCAAUAA